AUGACUUCAACAACAUCAACAACUAGUUCAACUUCUACUACUUCGUCGGUUGCUGCAGCGAUUUCGACAUCAGCAGCAAUCGGAGCUUCUUCUACACCGACCCUACAGAUAUCAUUGCGUUCAAAGAACAUCAUUCAAUCACAGACUUCACCAGCAUAUGGAAAAGACGGACGACUCUUGUCGAUUGACGGCGGUGCUGCCGACUUUAAGCAUGUCGAGUACAGUCGCGACGGUUCACUGAUCGCAUACGUCCACACUCAAUACAUCGUGGUGCAUCGCGCCGACAACGGUGCGGCACUCCUCAAGAUUGAGCGCGCCAACGUUGUCUAUGUUAGCUUCUCACCGGCCAACUCGUUCCUUCUGACAUGGGAGCGUUUCUCAGAGGCCAACAACAACGAGAACAACUUGCUGGUCUGGGACUUGAGCAACGCUCAAAUCACCUACAGAACUUCACAGAAACAUUGUAACGCUGAGAAUUGGCCACUCAUUAAAUGGACCGACGACGAGAUGCUGGCCGGUCGUCUCGUGCAAAACGAGAUCCACUUUUUCAACGGCAGAAACAUUGGAAUGGUCGCAAAGAAACUGAAACUUCCAGAUAUCCAACAGUUUGACUUUGCACCCGGUGAAUCACCCUACAAGUUCUCGACAUUCGUUCCCGAGAAGAAGGAGCGUCCCGGACUCUGUCGUAUCUAUAUCUAUCCAAAUAUCAGCGAACACGCCUCACACAUCUCUUUCUACAAGGCAAACGACGCCAAGAUCUUUUGGAACCGUAAAGGUACCAACAUACUGAUUCACACAUCGACCGACACCGACAAGACUGGAAAGUCGUACUACGGUGAAACCGGACUGUGGUUCCUCUCACUCGAUGGCACCAGCUUCAGUCUUGGCAUUAAGGGUCCGAUCCACGACGUCAAGUGGUCGCCCACCCUCGACCAGUUUGUUGUGUGCUACGGUAACCCGUUCAACACCACUCUCUUCAACAUCAAGGGAACACCACUCGUCGAUUUCGGAUCGUUGCCACGUAACACCAUCAGAUUCUCACCGAACGGAAAACUACUCUGUCUCGGUGGAUUCGGUAAUCUACAGGGUGACAUGGAUUUCUGGGACCUGACGCGUUACAAAAAGAUUGUUUCCACUCACGCCCAUUGCGCAACCUACAGUGAGUGGGCUGCAGACUCGAUACACUUUUUGACAGCGGUGCUCUCACCGAGAAUUCGUGUCGACAAUGGAAUUCGUGUGAUCAAAUACGAUGGUUCUACUGUCUACCAAGAACAGAUUCCAGAGUUGUAUCAAGCAUUCUGGCGUCCACAGAACCCACUCGCUUUCCCCGACGAGAAGAUCGUUUUCCCACCACCAUCCGUGCUGAAAGUGACCAAUUCGCCUCCAACAAAGUACACUCCACCCAGCCAAAGAUUGGCGGCACAACAAGCACCACCAACACCUGUAUCCAACUUGCCACCAGGUUUCAAGAUCUACGUAGCACCGGGUACCAAUGCUGCCGGUCAAUCGUCAGCCGCCACCACUGGCAGCGGAAGCAGUCCAGCCGGUGCUCCAAAGAAGGAGAAGAAGCCAGCCACUGCCAAACCAUCGACCUCAACAACCAGCACCACCACCACAUCGACAGCAUCACAACCAACACCACCAAGCAGAGAAUACACACCUGAGGAGCAGUUGGAAAAGAAAAUUAAGAAUUUGGGUAGAAAGCUAAAGGAAAUCGAACAACUGAAAACAAAGAUCGAAAUAGGAGAACACUUGCCACCAACUGCAAUUGAAAAGGUUCACAAUGAGAGUAGAUUUAGAGAGGAAUUGAAUGUUUUGAAACAACAACAAGCAGCUCUUCAACCAACCACCACAGCACAAUAA